ACCRUAUUAUAUUAUUAUUAUAUAUUAUUGUAAUAAUAUAAAAUAUAAAUAUACUAAAUAACUAGUAAUUACACAUAAGUUCGACGAUCGGUGUGCACGCGCAACGCAUGUCGCCUGUCGAAGUUCUUUAGAACAUCACUGUGCCAGUGUGGGAGCCUUGCGGUCGAACGUAGGACGAAAAUGUGAAAAAUUCUAAAAAAAAGAUUAUAUAUCUGGAACAUUUUUUAAAUUUCUUGUUCGCUCAGCCGCGCAUCAUUGAUUUAGAUGAUAUUAUGAAGUAACGCACACCUCUGUGUUUGCGGUGCACAUAAUACGUAUUAUUGAUAUAUUAUUUAUAAAAUAAUAUUGUAAAAUGUCUGGCCGCAAUAAUAAGAGACCACCGCUGCUGAAGGUUCAGAUAUUCGACGAGCCGCCUGUUGUUAACCUGCCUCGAAACUUGGACAAACGCACCACUAUCACAAUUGGCGACCAAGAAACAACAGUUGAGGCGAGUGACCUGCAGAAAAUUUGUGAUCUUGGACGCGGUGCCUAUGGAAUUGUGGAGAAAAUGAGGCACAUACCUUCUGGUACGAUCAUGGCUGUUAAGAGGAUAGCAGCUACAGUAAACACCCAAGAACAGAAACGGCUUUUAAUGGAUCUGGAUAUAUCCAUGCGGUCGUCCGCUUGCCCUCAUACAGUGCAGUUUUAUGGGGCUCUAUUCAUGGAGGGUGAUGUAUGGAUAUGCAUGGAAGUAAUGGAUACUUCACUUGAUAAGUUCUAUGCCAAAGUGUACAAGUUUGGACGAAAGAUUCCUGAACAAAUUCUAGGACCUAUUACUGUAGCGGUUGUUAGUGCCCUACACUAUCUGCAUUCUCAAUUGAAAGUUAUACAUCGUGAUGUCAAGCCAUCAAACAUUUUAAUCAAUCGUAAUGGUAACGUAAAAAUGUGUGAUUUUGGUAUAUCUGGGUAUCUUGUUGAUUCUGUAGCCAAGACUAUUGAUGCAGGAUGUAAACCUUAUAUGGCGCCUGAACGAAUAGAUCCCACUGGAAAUCCAUCAAAUUAUGAUAUACGAAGUGAUAUAUGGAGCUUAGGAAUAUCUCUUGUGGAACUUGCCACUGGUAAGUUUCCAUAUGAUACGUGGGGAACACCAUUUGAGCAGCUAAAACAAGUGGUAAAAGAUGAACCACCGAGACUGUCAACUGGUAUGUUCACAUCAUACUUUGAGGAUUUCAUUUGUCAAUGUUUAAAAAAAGAUUUUCGUAGCCGACCAAAUUAUUCUCAACUACUUGCCCAUCCAUUUUGUCUUGCUCAUCAACAACCACAGACAGCAUUAGUUGCGUCAUUUGUGUCUGAAAUUUUAGACUUGCCUGAUUUGUCUGUGUCAGGCUAAAUUAUUAGCAAUUAAUCCACUAASAAUAAUAUAUUUAUAACAAUAUUUGUAAUAUUGUGUAUAAACUAUAAUUCAAUUGAAGUUUAUUU